AUGUCUUCUCAAAAGCCUGUUCUGGAUCUCUACAAGUUUACCAACAAUUUUGACAAAAAGUAUUUUAAGAAACAUAAUAUAAGCUGUCAACACUUCUCACCUAUAAAAGGUUAUAUAGGUGAGUUGCAAGUGCUUGAUACUCUUAACAAACUAGGUGGAAUUUUUUUCGCUAGAUUUUGUGAUAAUAAAUUCAAAAAUGGAUGCAUUAACAUACAAGGAUUCUUUAGAAAUACAUAUUUUCUCAUACGUGUUAAGUUUUCCGUUUAUGAACUAAAUGAUCCUGAUAUUAUUUUGGAUUUUAAAAAUGCUAUAAACAUGUUUGAGAAUGUAGUUGGAUUUUUUUACUCCCCAUCGGGUAUUAGUAUAUCUUGUGAGAAUUAUCUUGAUAAAAUCAAGUUCGUUGAUUCACUCGAAAAGCUUUCAACAACAAUUCAACAAUUGUCUUUAGGAAUAUCCAAGAAAAGGAUUAUUUUUGAGAUAUCUAAACAAAAAUAUAUUUCUUAUGAAAUAUCUGCUAAAUUAAUUCAGAUAUUAGAACGAAAGAAGUUAAUUGUUUAUUCUAUUCGUUUUGGUUAUUCUUUUCCUUUUCAUCUUGAAAAUAAUAUUGGUACUGUUGGUUACGUGGGGUUUGAUUAUGUGGGCACGUAUGAAUUUCACAACAAUAUUUAUCAUGUUGCAAUUCGUGAUGAGCGAAGAGCUUCCAAAGAAGCCCUGAAGAAGAAACACAAGGAAUUUACAAGAGCUAUGGAUACGUAUCUUCCCAGUUACUACUUUGGAGUGCUCUUGAUCUCAUACAACAGCGAUGAAGUUAACCUGAAGCGAACAAACAAUAUUAUUUUCUCAAGAUUAGACUUUAUCACAAUAAAACUUCAGUACAUUCUUCGAAAACUGUUAGAAUCUAAAUAA